CAGGAGGCAAGUGCUGCCUUGCGUGCACCUCCGCCAGUACGCUACCCGAAAAUUUCCACUACACGAACAAGCGUUUGUGGGAGAGCGGCACCAGAAACGGCCGCUUCAUGCAGUGAUGCAGCCCCUAACACCAAAGAAAUCCUGAUCGAACCGCACAGGACACAACCGGCUGUCGGCUUGCCUGGACGGAAAACAAUGAUGUUGCACGACUUGCCUCGAAAUACAUUCUGAAUGAUUGAAGACUACAGUGGGAGCGGUGACAACAUGGCAGAUAGACGGCAACUGUUAGUGGAGAUGAGGGCUCAAGAUUUGGAUUCCAUACGAUUAUCGACGUAUAGAACAGCCUGCAAACUUAGAUUUGUGCAGAAGAAAUGCAAUCUGCAUUUAGUCGACAUCUGGAAUGUCAUCGAGGCUUUCCGAGAGAACGGCAUCAACACCAUGGACCUCAACGCCGAGCUCUCUGUGGCUCGUCUAGAAGUGGUACUGUCCACCCUUUUUUACCAGCUGAACAAGCGCAUGCCCACCACUCACCAGAUUAACUUAGAUCACUCAAUCAACCUGCUGCUCAACGUCCUGCUGGCAUCGUAUGACCCGGAGAGCCAUGGCAAGAUAUCUGUCUUUGUUGUGAAGAUGGCCCUCGCAACCAUCUGUGGCGGGAAAAUUCUGGAUAAAUUAAGAUAUAUUUUUUCACAGCUCUCAGAUUCUGCUGGAUUAAUGGUGCAUUCACAGUUUGACCAGUUUCUGAGGGAGGUUCUGAAAUUACCCAUGGCGGUUUUCGAGGGACCUUCUUUUGGUUAUACCGAACAAGCUGCGAGAGCAUGCUUUACCCAGCAGAAAAAGGUCUCCCUCAAUACAUUCCUCGAUACGUUGAUGUCAGACCCGCCCCCUCAGUGUCUGGUGUGGUUGCCGCUCAUGCAUCGACUCGCCAACGUAGAGAAUGUCUUUCACCCGGUCGAGUGCUCCUACUGCCAUACUGAGAGUAUGAUGGGCUUCCGCUACCGCUGCCAGCAAUGUCAUAAUUACCAGCUCUGUCAGGACUGCUUCUGGAGGGGGCAUGCCAGUGGUCCCCAUAGCAACCAGCACCAAAUGAAGGAGUAUACGUCAUGGAAAUCCCCUGCUAAGAAGUUAUCCCAUGCCCUCAGUAAGUCACUGAGCUGUGCUUCCAGCAGAGAGCCUCUUCACCCCAUGUUUCCUGAAAUCCCAGAGAAACCUCUCAAUCUAGCUCACAUUGUAGAUACGUGGCCACCAAGACCAAUGAAUUUCACCAAUGACUACGCACUCUCCCACUCCAUGCCAACAUCAGGGAACCCUUACUCCACCAAAAAUUUGCUGGAGAGCAGUAACCAUCAGGAUGAAGAGCACAGUCUCAUCGCCCGCUAUGCCGCUAGACUGGCUGCUGAUGCUGCGGCUCAGCAGCAGAGGAUCCCCACAGACCUCCCAUUCUCUCUUGAUGCCAACAAACAGCAGAGGCAGCUCAUCGCUGAGCUCGAGAGCAAAAACAGAGAAAUCUUGCAGGAAAUCCAGCGGUUGCGCCUUCAGCAUGAAGAGGCUUCCCAGCCACCUCCUGACAAGGGCCAACAUAACCCCACCCUGCUGGCUGAGCUACGACUUCUCAGGCAACGCAAAGAUGAGCUUGAACAAAGAAUGUCUACUCUGCAGGAGAGUCGCAGGGAACUCAUGGUGCAGCUGGAGCAGCUAAUGAUGCUUCUCAAGACUCAGGGUCCAGGCUCUCCACGCUCUUCCCCUAGCCACACCAUCAGCCGACCGAUCCCCACACCAAUUCAAUCCAACUCUACUGUCACAACCCCAACGCACACACCUCAGGAUUCACUGAUGGGCGUGGGAGGGGAUGUUCAGGAGGCCUUCGCUCAGGGUCCAAGGAGAAAUUUGAGAAACGACUUACUCAUUGCAGCUGACUCCAUCACCAACACAAUGUCAUCACUGGUCAAAGAACUCAACUCAGAAGGUGGAAGUGAGACUGACAGCAAUGUGGAUUCAGACUAUGGACGCGGCGACCUUUUGGCCACUAACUUCUCAGAUCCUCUAUUCACAUUUAAACCAAGGAGUCACAGUGUUACACAGGAGAGCUUUGAGAACGACCUGGAGCAGCAGCUGGAGGACGAGCUCACGCUGGAGGAGAUGAUGGAGCACAGGCAGGAACUGGACAAAACUUGCAUGGUGACUCUGCAGCAGUAACCGUGUGAGUCCAUGUCACUGGUGAGCAAUAUAAAAAGCAACAAUAGUAGGAAGACACUGGAAGAGACAACACUGGGCCUACAGUACAGAGCACUGACGAUAUGAAGAGUUUAAUAAAUGGCUGAAUCCAACCAUAGAAUACAUUUAUGUAAAGAUAUAUUUUUUAACCAACCACAUAUUGAAGGUAAUACUGUGAGCUGAUGUAAAGAGAUUCAUUAGUGAGCUGUCUAUUAUACCACUGGUGCCAUAAAAACCACAUGACUUUGGGGAAUUACUUCUUGAUCAUUAGCCUUUUUAUAUGAGUUGUCAAGCAAAUGUUAGUACUUCAGUGUAAGUACAGGGUGGCAAACAUGAUUCAAAUCACAUUUUAAAAUUAUUUUGUUUUAUGACAGCGAAACAAUGCAGGUUUAAAUAUUAAUUUUGGUCAUCUGAUACAAGUUGGGAUUGAAGAGUUAGAUUAUAAAACUGCAAUAUUUUGUAAAUGUCUAACUCAGACUGAUUUUACCACUGUUCCAUAUAGAUUUCUUACUGUUGCUGUUGUGUGGCUUUUGUAUUGUUUUUGACUUGUUUUUUUGGAGCAGGCCAUCAGACAUAUUUGUUUUAGGCCAUUUGAUACACUAAUAUUAAAAAUGCACACUGCCUUAUAGCUGUCUGAAUGACCUCUUAAGAGAGCUCAUUCAAGCUGCAAUGCAGCAUGUAGCUCAACAAAACAACUGUUCAGAAGCAUCGCUCAUUGAAUUCAUUGGAAAAGUGAGGUUUAACUCAUUAAAUCUGAUGCUAUGAAGUUAUCAUGUCUGAGAGGGAUUUCAUUAACAUACAUGUACACUGUCUAUGUAUAACAUGAAUUCAAUACCAAUUACAGAUGGAUUUGUUCUAUAUGUUACACAGAAUUCCAAAUGUAUCAAAUUCAAGAGUUUACAAUGGUAAGAGCAUUGUGUUUUACCAUGGGUUGUUGAUCAAUUAAGGUUUGACCACAGGUUAUCGGCUAUUUUUCAUUUGUUAGCACCAAUGCUCUCACACAGAAACUCCUGUGUGUAUUGCACACCAUCACACACUCUUGAUGUACUUUCUGAGUGUGCGUGAACCUUAACUCAGUCACUUUGAGAAAAGUGGCAAGCCAAUCUAAAAAGUAUAAAUGUGUGAAAUAUAUCUAGUUUGAUUUUUGAGCAAGUUCAUAGCAGUGAUUUUGCAUGGUGGUGAUGCAUAAUAAAGUGGUGACACAAUA